UUUAUUUCCAAUGGGGCAUAUUUUGCUCAAUAUUUCAAAAACUAUAAAGUUUAUCAAUUCCAAAAAUACAAGCAGUAAUAUCCUGAACAACCUUAAUGUUUUGUUACCAAGAUUGCUGAAAUUGUUAAAAGUGUCACUGAGGUUUGUCGAAAACAGAAAAGAGAUUUUAUUCAUAUUAAAAAAGCUAAACAUUAUUUACUUACUGUUAUGACUACAUUAUUAAAACACCACAAAAAAACAAAAAAAAAUUAUUUUUGGUGUUAAUUUAGGAGGAAAAACUCUUUGGGUGGUUCCUGGUUGUUCUCUGGUUAGAUUGGAAUUCUUGGACAUUUACAACCAAAGACAGUAAUCGCCCUUUUCCUGUCUAACAGUUGCCUCAUGCAGGAGGAGUUUCUUGCACUAGAAAGCAUGUGGAGAACAGGCACUAAAGUUUCUAACACUACCCUCACCAAAAACAUCCUGAACAACUUACAAACCCAGCUUUGGAUAAAACAUGCUUCAGGGUUUGAUUCCUUUUUCUGGUUUUUGCUCAGACGUUUCUGCUGUUCAGCAGAGGAGAAUAGCUGCUGUGUUUAUAUAGGUCCAGAGGAAUGCUGUUUGUGGCAUUGAACUGGUCCAGACCACAGAUUUGAAAGGGAGGGAAGGGGCACUUUUGAGGAAAUGGGUGUAGAGUACAGCCGUCUCCUGCACCCGUAUGAUCAACUUUUAGAGCUCAAGUAUCAGGAAGUAUAAGGAGAGAAGAAGAAAGAGGCAACAACGGAAAGAAAAACAAGAUUUGCUCAGACUUCAAAGCUCUGAAAGACACAGGGUUGUUCUGGACAAAAGCUGGGCCCUGUGAAGAAACCAUGGUUUGUCUUCUUGUGUUCAUAAUCGUGCUGCAUCUGGUCAGCCUGGCCAUGCUCCUCAUAGCCACUCUGGAGAAGUCUUGGUGGAUAUGGGCAGAUUCAGAAAUCACUGAUCUCUGGUACAACUGUUUCCAUGACAACGCCACAGACUCCUGGUUGUGCGCAGCCACGACUGAAAGUGACUGGCUCCAGUCAGUUCAGGCCCUCAUGGUCCUCUCAGUGGUCUUCUCUUCUGUCUCACUCCUGGUUUUUCUGGGUCAGUUGUUCACUUUGACCAGAGGGAGCCUCUUCUACUUCACAGCUCUGUGUCAGGCCUUCGCAGGUUUCACAGAUUUCGCAGCCUGCCUCAUCUUCGCCUUCCACAGAAAGGAGAUCCUGAGUGAUUCCAGAGAUCUGAGCAAAGGACGCUUUGGCUACUGCUUUGUUCUGGCGUGGCUGUGUGUCCCUCUGCUGCUCGUUACUGGAGUCCUGUACAUUCACCUGCGCAAAAAGCAGUAAGCCUUGAAAAUAAAAUAAAGUUUUUUAAAAAA